AUGGAGCAUUUCACAGGACACUUGCGCCUGCCUUUGCCCAAGCUCCAGAGAGCACAUGAGCAGGAGAAGCUGCUGCUGGCAGAGUCCCACCACAGGUCCCAAGCGGCCUUACAGGAGACGAUCCAGGCACUGAAUUCCCAGCUGAAGUCCUUCCAGGAGAGGAUGAAGCGGGUGGAGGAGUCACUCUUGAGCACAGACUACAAGAAGCACAUCCAGGAGCACGGGAGCCCCAGCCCCUUCUGGGAGCAGGAGCUGGAGAGCCUGCACUUUGUCAUCGAGAUGAAGAAUGAGCACAUUCAUGGCCUGGAUAAGAAGCUGCUGAACCUGGAGACUGUGGCGGAGAGGAACCUUCUGCUGGAAGAGAAGGUGAAGACUCUCCAGCAGGAGAACGAGGACCUGCAAGUUCGCACCCAGAACCAUUUGGACAUGGCAAGGCAGCUGUCGGAGGAGCUCCUGGCCGCCCGUGGGGCACUGGAGAAGGAGGCACAGCUGCGGGACCAGGCUCGCCGUGAGAAGGAGGAGCUGCUCUACCGGGUGCUCAACGGGGGGGACGGCUCCCCCUUCCCCAUCCCUGCCGGCGAGGUGCCCCUCAUCGCCACGUAG